CACCAUUUUCAAGAAUUGCCUCCCUUGGCGGCGGUAACAAGGGAAGCGUACCACAGUCAAAAUCUCGUCUUUUUCAAAUUCAAGUACACAAACAGAUUGGGUGGAAGGAAAUUCGACUGAGGAAGCUAGUGAAGAAAACGUGCACAGCAGUGAUGUCUUUUUAUCGCAUCGGAGGGCAAAGUCGAAGGAAAAGACCCACAAGGAAAAAACCUGACUGGGAUGACAGCGUCAAUGAUCUUACAGUCCUCAGAGCAACACCUGAAGAAGUGUUGCUGCGGAAAGAGUCGCAUAAGUCGAAGAAUCACAUAUCUGUGAAGCUGGAAAAGAUGAGAAAAGAGAAACAAAGAAAGAAACUGACGGGAGCGGAGGCGAAACAGCUGGCCAUUAUGAAGGAAGUUCUCUAUGAUCAACAACAGUUGGAGAGUGUGCUGGCCAAGUCAGAUACAAUGAUGGCCGUCGUGAAAGAUCUGUUUGGGGAUGACCCGAAGCGGUUCCAAGGAUUUCCCAACGUGACGACUGCUCCUUGCGCUGAGACUUCCCUCUCCGGGUCCAGCAGUUUGGUAGCCCCCGUGCCAGACAUUUACACACGCUCGGAAAAACUUAGCGACUCCGUCAUGGAUCAGUCGGCCUUGAAUGAUGUGGAGGAUUCAGACUCAGAUGAGGACGACGAGGAAAUCGACCAGCCAGAGCCGAUCUCGUACCAGCCCAAGAUGAACCUGCAGAGGUUCCAGGAGUACCUCCAGGAAGAGGAGAAGCGGUCGGUGCAGCAAGACCCGCCCUCUCUCGUCUCUGGCCUCGCCAACGGGCGCGACGCAGGGCACAGGGGAGACAACCAGAGCCAUAACAGCAACAACAACAACAAUAACAACAAUAACCCCAGCGCUAGCUCCAGUGCCAACGCCAGACACGCCGCGAGGGAUCCGACUCUGAACAUGAAACUUUUAACCACGAUCUUGCGCCAGACGGGACAGGGAGAUUCCCCGCUGGCCCACGACCCCCACAUGAUGAAUAUAUUACUGGCAGCCAUGUCAGCCAAUGGAGGUCGCAAGGAGCCGGCCCGCGAUACAUCAGCGAACGGCGGUCGCACAGAGCCAAGAACACCGCCGAGAAAUGAGCUGGCUGGACCCCCACUGCCGUCUGACAGAACGCCUCCUUCCGCCAUUAAUGACACACGGAAGAUAAAAAAGACGAAAAAAAUUGUGAAAUCGCCGAACGCCUCAUCUGUCAGUUCCGACACGACAGCGUCCAUGUCAGACAUGAGGAAGGUGCUCCACCAGCUGGAGUUGGAGCUGUCCCAGUACGAGCAUCAGACGGGCCGGCAGACGCACGGACCCGCAGGGGGGACCACCGAGACGUUCUCGGGCUACACGGUGGCGCUGGUGGACGCUGUGGCGCGACUCACGCGCUACCUGAAGGAGACCGACUUGCGUGUGCGGACGGAAGUGACGCUGAGAGAACAGCUGACCCAAGAUGUCUACCAACUGAGGACUAUCAUCGAUGCUUUGGCCACGGACCUGAUUGUGACCCAGGAGGAGUACGGCAAGCUCUACGCCCAGCACCAGCGCCACAGGGACAGCACGCAGGGGGAGCUCUCCUCUCUCAAGAAACAAGUGGAGGAACUGACGUCUCUUGUCGCUGGCACCAGGAAGCUGUCGCUGUCGCAGGGUGUGGGGGGAGAUCACUCUGGUCAGGGGCUCGGCGCAGAUCAGGAACAACAACAGCAGCAGCAACAGCAGCAACAAAAACAACAACAACAAAACUUCCAGGAUUUCAUCAACACGAGCAAAAAGUCAGAUGACAACAAAACUUCUUCUCCACUUCCCAGCCACUUAGGUAAACCGUAA